CGCAGAAAAAGUACGAAGCCAGCCUGGCCCUUAUAUCAUCAGUCCAUGUCUUGUGCGACGACGACGCAUCCAGCCCCCGUCCGGCCCAUCGCGCAAUCCACCGCCGCUCGCCACACCCGACGCUGCACACACCUCACACCUCCGACGCCUCGCGCCGCUCACGGAUAUAACGCGUUGCACAGCGGUAUCUCGCCACCCCAGCCAAGCAGAUACCACCACCAUGCCUAGUACGCCGGACCGCCCGCCAGCGGUGAGCCGCAGCAGUUCUGCGCCAGACGCAGGGCCAAGCGCCCCGCCCUUGGCGCUGGACUGCAUGGCAUACCCGCACCUCGUGGACCGAGUGUUCCAGCUCGCGGACCACCGCUCCCUCCUCGCCCUCCGCACCGCCUGCGCCGCGUGGCGCGACAAGGUCGACCGCCAGCUCUUUGAGCACGUCCUUGUCGCCAACGCGUCCGAGGCGGGGCCGUUCGCCGUCGUCGGUGUCGCGCUCUCGUUCGAUGUCACCUCGCCGAGUGGCAAGAUCCCAGGCUUCCCAGCACAAGACUAUGCCGAGUGGCGACGGCCGGCCGCGUCAGACAUGGCGCAGGCCGAGCGCGACCGCCGCGCUGCACUCCUCUCCCACGUCUUUGUGGCCGACGUGGCGAGCACGACAAGUAUAAUGAACCACUUUAUCCGUGGCGGGCCACCCAACCCGUUCGACCAGAGCUUUAGUAAACUUAAUACCGUCAGGUUGCUCCCUGACCACCUCAAGCACCUCGGCACAAAGGCCCUCACCCUCCAACGGCACUACAGCGUGCCUGGCCGCCCACGAAAGCUUGUCUUUCUCGACGACCUCGCCUGGCGCGGGGUCUACAAGCGCGUUGAUCGCCUCGUCUUCUUUGACCACUCGGGGGGCUCUCGUCCGGUAAACAUUGAAAAGGUCGUCAUCAAUGUCAAGUACGACCCCAAGCAGUUGUGGGGUGACUGGUAUGAUGAGCACCCCGCCGUACGUCCGACGACCCGGGACAUUGUCGUCAUCUACGCCCCUGCGACUGUCAAGGCCCCGCCGCAGCGGUUCCCCGGCCCCGUCGUCGACUGGGUCACAGAGCGCAACGCCACGCUGCAGCUCGAGACGAUCCGACACAUGGCGGACUCGGCGCGCACGGCCAAAGUGACGCUCGUCGGCAUCGACGAGAUCAUGCCCGAGCGGCUCGGCUGGCCCGCGUCCACCAAGCGCGCCGAGGUCAACCGCCGCAUCAUGUCCGAGGUGCAAGAGUACUGCGAGGGGCACGACCUCGCGACCGGGCCAGUAGCCAACACGUUUGAGAUCAUGUCGCGGUCCGACUACGCUUCGACACUCGGCCCGGGCGAGUACGAGCUCGAGACGGCCGAAUAG